UACAAAUGUCUAUGGUGUCAACACUGAGGUUGGCAGGAAGUGGCGCUUGUUCCGCGUUGGAACAUGACGGUAAGGUAGGAUUGUCGAUGAAAGUGUUGGGACAAGAAACUCGUCAUUUUCCACGUUCCAAACACUGGGAGAUGGACAGUCACAGAAGAGGUCGACCAUGGGGGAAGUUGGUCAAAGUGGAUUCCAGUGAAGGUGAAGUGCUGCUUUUUAACAGAGAAUGCACCGUUGGCCGGAAAAAAGGAUGUGAUCUGGCAUUUCCUGCCAACAAACUGGUCUCAGGGGAGCACUGCAAGAUUGUGCAAGAUGAAAACUCAGGGCAGGUGUGGCUUGAAGAUAUGAGCACCAAUGGCACAGUGAUCAACAUGGCCAAACUAGUCAAAAAACAAACUCAUAUGCUUCAAAAUGGAGAUGUGAUCUACUUUGUAUACAGGAAAAAUGAGCCUGAACAAAAUAUUGCCUACGUUUACCACUCAAUCCAAACAGAGCAGCCUGUGUCACAUGAUAGUUUUGACAUGUCAGCCCACAGUCCUGUUCCUGUCACGUCCUCCGAAAUGGCACUCUCUGUGGAGCCUGUCAUGCUGUCAAAGCCUCCUCGGGAUCUUACACAGGAAGAACCCCAGCCAUCCACCUCAACUUCCCACCUGUGUAUUCAGCAACCCUUCACACCCAACACAGGCCAAGCCAGAGAUGUGACCCGAACACCGGAGAAAGCGCUCAACAAUGUAGAGCCGCAAUGUAAGAGAAGGAAAACUGAUAAAGAUGACGAUAUAUCACAUGCAUCCUCAACAGAUGUUGUUGAGGAGACAAAGAGAGAUAAGAUGGAGGAAUCUUUAACUUGUAUUAUUUGCCAGGACCUCCUGCAUGACUGUGUCAGCUUGCAACCUUGUAUGCACACGUUCUGUGCUGCCUGCUACUCGGGGUGGAUGGAGCGUUCUUCUCUUUGUCCAACAUGCCGCUGCCCUGUGGAAAGGAUCCGUAAGAACCACAUCCUGAACAAUCUGGUGGAGGCCUACCUCAUUCAGCACCCAGAAAAGUGUCGCAGUGAUGAGGACCUGAAGAGCAUGGACAGCCGCAACAAGAUCACUCAGGACAUGUUGCAACCAAAGGUUGAGCGAUGUUUUUCUGACGAGGAGGGCAGCUCAGAUUAUCUUUUUGAGCUCUCCGACAAUGACAGCGAUUCCUCGGACAUUAGUCAGCCUCUUGUGCUGUGCAGACAGUGUCCAGGCUACAGGAACAGCCAGAUGCUGUUUGCCACAGGCUCAAACUACUGGGUCCCGGGUCUGACAGCACCACCACCUCUGCCCCAUCCUUUUCCACCUCCAGUCAAACUAACCACUAAUGAAGGCUGUGCAAAUCCUACAGGGGAAGAGCCCUCAACAUCUUCUGACAUCCCAUCAGCUGCUCAGGAGGAGUACCGCUGCCCUCCUCAAGGCUGCCAUCUUAUUUGCACCUGCUGUUUGCAGCCCAUGCCAGACAGACGGGCCGAGCUGAUCAGUCAGCAGCAAUGUAUGCAAUGCCAGCGUCCCUUCUGUCACAUUUAUUGGGGCUGUCAGAGGAUUGGUUGUCAAGGCUGCCUGGCUCGAUUCAGUGAGCUUAACCUGACUGACAAAUGUCUGGACGGUGUGCUGAACAACAACAACUACGAGUCAGAGAUCCUGAAGAACUACUUGUCCUCCAGAGGGAGGACAUGGAUGGAUAUGCUCCAAGAGGCUGUUCAUGACUUAGAACAUGGGAAAUAUUCCCUUUCAGAUAGUCGUGUCUCUGCCAAUACUAUCCUGUGUGUGUUCUGUGGCCUGAUGGUCUUCAAGGAGCUGGCGUACAUGUACAGACAGAAUAUUCCCGCAUCUGAACUACCAGCUGCUGUGUUGUCUCGUCCCGACUGCUACUGGGGCCGCAACUGUCGUACACAGGUUAAGGCCCAUCAUGCAAUGAAAUUCAACCACAUAUGUGAGCAGACCCGUUUCAAGAGCUGAGCCAACAAAAGCAGUCGUUGAACUCACCGCACAAUGGAGACACAAUCUCACCUGCUUGUCCUCUAUAAUGUACACACAAACACACAAACAAACAAUCAUUAUCAAUUCAUAAUGACCUCUUAAGCAACAUUGGGUUGAAAAAAAGCAGUGCUACGCAUAUUACUUUUUAGAGGUGAGAGCUUGAUAGAGGUUCCUUUUCCACUUUGCUUGGUUAAGAGCAAAUGUGGCAGUUGUUUUUAAUUAAUGCUGUUUACGCACUUCGGUAAGCAUGAUUUAUGCUGCUUCAUUCUCUAGUUUUGAGCUGAACUUACUGUAUUCUGUAUAGUUUGUGAUGUAACUUAGUGCCAUAAGAAUUAAGGGCUUCCAUCAUGCAUACUCAAUUGGAUGCGUAUUAUUAGAGUUUAGAAUGUUAAAUAAAUAUGCUCACUUACUACUAUAAAUGUUUUAUGGACGCAUCAGUGAGUUCCCAUCCUGCAUACCAACAGGACUGAAUUGUCAAUCCUUUAUCAUAGUUGGAAAAUAUUUCCUGUCAUCCUACCUUUCUGUUGCAGAAGUGAUGCAUUACGGCAAAGGCUACUGAGCUGUUGACAUCGCUAAUCACCUUUCCUAAACACAUCAACAAGUAGAGUCAGUAAUAAUGGGGGCUACUCUGAAUGGCAAUGCUGCAGGUCGUUUGAGGCCAUCAUGCAAGUUGUGAUUAUCUAGUAAAAAUAUUGGUGAUUAUGCUUGGUGGAUUUUGGUGGGGGCCGCAUGGUGGCUGAGUGAUUAGCAUGUUGGCCACACAGUCAGGAGAUCUGGGUUCGAAUCUCUGUGUGGAGUUUGCAUGUGUGUGCGUGGGUUUUCUCCGGUUACGCCGGUUUCCUCCCACAUUCCAAAAACAUGCAUGUUAGGUUCAUUGGAGACUCUAAAUUGUCCAUAGGUGUGAAUGUGAGUGUGAAUGGUUGUUUGUCUAUAUGUGCCCUACGAUUGGCUGGCGAUUGUACCCCACCUCAAGCCCGAAGUCAGCUGGGAUAGGCUCCAGCAUACCCCCGCGACCCUAAUUAGGAUAAGCGGCAUAGAAAAUAGAUGGAUUCAUUUUGGUGGUUAAAAAUGUCCUCUGGUUUCUCAGGUAAACAACGCUGCUGUAAAAGUGUCUAACUGGUUAAGUCAACCUAAAAUUCUUUAAAAAAAAAGUGUAAAAAGAAUUAAUGUAAUUUCUUUUCAAAAAAGUUGACAAAUCAAUGUAUUUGUUUUUUUUUUGUUUUUUUCCGUAGAUAAUAGAUUGAAGAGCCCUGUUCCCUUUUUUGUCACUUUUAUUGUGUAGAACUGCUGGUGGAUAUGAAGAAACUGUUAAACAGUCUUAGUUGGCAUCUAGUCAAUUGUGCAUGGACUCAUUAUCGCGUUAUUUGAUUUUGAAAUGUUUUUUGUAGUUGAUUUGUGUCUUCAUUCAGGUGUCCCUACAAGUUGACACGUGUAGCUCUUCAGAGUUAUAUUUAUUCUUUAGUUGUUGUUGUUUUGUUUUAGUGUCAGUUGUCCAAGUCCUGAUCCAGCUUGUUUUGAAUGAGCAUUUUCUUUCCUCUGCCCAGGGGUUGAAAUUACUUUAGGUGUUAAAAGUGUUUUUUUACCCCCUUAGUCAUGGUGUAAGAACCAUUCUAGCAUUCCAUAGCAGCUCAGACCCUCCGCACAAGUCCAGUCGAUCCCCCGACAGAAGGGCUGAGUUUUAAUUAUUCUCCACCGGAGAUCUGGCCACUCUAAGCCAACAACAGUACCAAGCCGCUCCAAUCAGGAAUUGGUAUUAAAGAGGCUUUGGAGUAGUACUUUGCAUUCGCCUGGGGACAGGAGAUAUGUUGUGUACUAACGCAAAUAUUUACGCACUUGGUGUGUAAAAGUCUGAACUGAGCUGGAUGGGAGAGGCAGGUUUCAUUCUACCUCACGGGAAGUAUGGGAGACAAUGCAGUUAUCAGAGGUGCCUUCAUGACACUGAAAAAAUGCCUUCUGUGAUGUCAGCAACUUUAUGCAAGCACUUGGUUUAUGCUGUGCCAUCAGGUCGAGUUAGACGCCCGUAGAGUAUAAGGCACAUAAAAGAAAUGUCUGGCCGUGUCCCUGUGUUGUAUUAGCAAAGUUAAGAUUGUCUUUAACGUGCAUAUACAGUAGAUCUAAUUUGUCUUCGGAACAUAACAUUAAAAAACUGGAACUACCCAUUUAGUCUGACUUGUGU